AUGGCUUUUAUUCUCAUGCUCGAAAUAACAUCAUCGACUCAUACGAGUCUCGUUGGAAAUACGGCACUUGUCGCUUAUACAAUCGGUGAAGCAAUAAUCACUCUCUCUGCCUAUCUUACUCUUGACUGGCAAAAGCUGAAAUGGGUCAAUGUCGUUUUUAUUGGUUCAGUUUUACCUUAUCUCUAUUUUAUGACGGAAACGCCACUUUAUCUCUAUGCCAAACAACAAUAUACUGAACUCGAAGCACUUUUGCGUCGAAUUGCAACACGAAAUAAACGAACAGAAGAACAAUGGUAUCCAUCGUAUCAGGAAUUCUUACGUAAUCAAUCGAUCACAGAAAUUAACAAUGAAACGAAAGUGUCAUUCUUCCAACAAGUUCGUCAACUUUUUUUACAUAGACCCACCGUCAUUAAAGUAUUAAUUACAGAUCUUCUUGGUUUUACAACAUACUUGCUUUAUUACGAAAUAAGCUACGGUUUUGAAGUCAUGAAUAUAUCACCGUAUCUUGGAAUUCUCAUUGGAGCUGUCGUUGAAGCUAUUGGUUACAUAACUGGUUCUUUUCUCAUAGUAACACGACUCGGCCGUAAAGGUACAUUCAUGAUUAUGAUGACUCUCACAGCAGUUUGCGUCCUCAUCAUACCAUUUGUUAGUCAACAUGGUGCAUUAGCUACUGUGUUCGUUGCUCAAUUUGGAAAAUAUGCCAUAUCAGGCGCAAUAUCAGUUUCAACUGUAUAUGGAGCAGCUCGUGAAGUAGCUACAGCUGGUAUCAAUGAAACGUUACGAAGUGGUACUUAUCAGCAGUAA